AUCUAGAGCAUGAUGUCUCGCAAUGUCGUACGCACAGUGGGCAUGGCUUGCGAGGCAACUAGCGAGCUAACUUCGUUUUUAGGAUAACGAGAACCCUCCCACCACCGUCGUACGCCGUGCCACCAAACUGAGAGCCAGAAGACGAAAGAAACUGCGGUCUCCGGCAGGUCUGCGUCGUACAAGAGCAGCAUUUCAGACCGGGGAACAAUCUAUGUGGACCUGAACCUUAUUCUGCAACAGUACAGAACGGCGAUAGUCUAGCAAGUCAAGGACGUAGCUAGCAGAACUGCGCUAUUGCACAAGUUGAUAACUCGCUGCUUUGGACCAGUUAUGUAGAAAUUCUCUUAGGGCUUUCAUGUAUUUCGCGUAAAGGCGAAAAGUCAGAUGUAUCGCGUCCAGACCUUCAUCGGUUUAUAGACUAGCCAGAAUUCACCUCCUGGCGCGUGUUUCUCAUGAAACGUACAGCAACUGUGAAACGGCACCGAAACGACGGAACGGGAAUCUGGACACGAUUUGUAAUCUGUGAUAUUUACAUUUGUACGUGAAUGCCGUUGCUGGUUUGCCAAUCUGGCGAUGCACGGUAACGUUCCGUCCUAAAACCUUCGCACAGCGAUAGCAGAGGAUUACAGGAAGAUUGCGACGAAAAGACGAAACGAGGUGCAGAUGAACUUUGAUUUGCGGCUCUAGAUGUUUCCGUUCCAGAAGUCGUGUUUGGCCGCAGCACAGAGUUUCCUCAAUGAGUUCCUCAGUGGACAUUUGACCAAACGCAGCUAGAGCCCGCCUCCCCCUCCCCUCCCCCCUCCCCACCCCACCCCUGGUGGAUUCUGGGCACCAUGCUGAUCAAGGAGUACCGCAUCCCCAUGCCCAUGAGCGUGGAGGAGUACCGCAUCGCCCAGCUCUACAUGAUACAGAAGAAGAGCCGGGAUGAGACGUGCGGGGAGGGCAGCGGGGUGGAGAUCCUGGAGAACCGGCCGUACACGGACGGGCCGGGCGGCUCGGGCCAGUACACACACAAGGUGUACCACAUCGGCAUGCACAUCCCCAGCUGGUUCCGCUCCAUCCUGCCCAAGGCCGCCCUGCGCGUGGAGGAGGAGUCCUGGAACGCCUACCCCUACACCCGCACGCGGUACACCUGCCCCUUCGUGGAGAAGUUCUCCAUCGACAUCGAGACGUACUACAAGCCGGACACGGGGAACCAGGUGGACGUCUUCAACCUGUCGUCUGCGGAGAGGAGGCAGCGGAGUCUCGACCCGAUUGACAUCGUGAAGGACCCAAUCCCGCCCCACGAGUACAAGGCGGAGGAGGACCCCCGGCUGUAUAAGUCGGUGAAGACCCAGCGGGGGCCUCUGACGGACGACUGGAUCGAGGAGCUGGGCAGCGACCCGGGCAGGGCCCCCAUCAUGUGCGCCUACAAGCUGUGCAAGGUGGAGUUCCGCUACUGGGGCAUGCAGUCCAAGAUCGAGCGCUUCAUCCACGACGUAGGGCUGCGGAAGGUGAUGGUUCGAGCGCACCGGCAGGCCUGGUGCUGGCAGGACGAGUGGUACGGCCUGACCAUGGAGGACAUCCGGCAGCUGGAGCUGGAGACGCAGCUGAUGCUGGCGCAGAAGAUGGCGGAGUACAGCCUCGCCGAGGAGGGGGGCGAGCCCAACGGCGCCGCCCCCGCCUCCCCCGACAAGGAGCAGGGGGCCAAGGAGGCCAUCAGCCACAUGGAGGCCGAGGAGGCGCCCCCUGGCGGAGCGGUGGACUCUCUGCAGGCACGCGCCGCUCUCACCAAGCAGUGGUCCACCUCGUCCCGGUCCUCCCGCUCGUCCAAGAGAGGCGGAAGCCCCUCCCGCCACAGCAUCUCUGAGUGGAGGAUGCAGAGCAUAGCGCGGGACUCGGAGGACAGCUCGGACGAGGAGUUCUUCGACGCACACGAGGAUCUCUCUGACAACGAGGAGACCUUUCCCAAGGAGAUCACCAAGUGGAGCUCCAACGAACUGAUGGACAAGAUCGAGGCUACGGACGCGGAGGAGGCGCAAGGAGAGCUGUACCCGGAGUCGGGCGGGGAGUACACCCUGACUGACAGUGGGGACCGGCUCCAGGAGAUGUGCGGCUACGCUAGCCUCACCGCCGGCAGCACCGCCAUUCCCUGCGUCAUGGUAACCAGCCCCUCGGCAGACGGCUCUACCCAGCAGCCCUUGCAGCCCUCUAAGAUCCACGUGCUGAUCCUGGUCCUGCACGGGGGGAACAUCCUGGACUCGGGGGCGGGGGACCAGAGCAGUAAGCAGGGCGACGUGAACACCAUCAGCACGGCGUUUGAGACGGUGAUGCGCGUGCACUACCCCACCGCGCUCGGCCGCAUCGCCAUCCGCCUGGUGCCCUGUCCCGCCAUCUGCACCGAGGCCUUCUCCCUGGUGUCCAACCUCAGCCCCUAUAGCUAUGAUGAAGGCUGCCUCUCCAACAGCCAGGACCACAUCCCCCUGGCGGCUCUGCCUCUAUUGGCCACCUCGUCCCCGCAGUACCAGGACGCCGUGGCAGCCGUCAUCCUGCGAGCCAAUCAGGUGUACGCUGACUUCAUCAGGUCCCUGGAGGGAGCCGGCUUCUCUGGGCAGGUGUGUUUGAUUGGCGACUGCGUCGGCGGGAUCCUGGGCUUCGACGCCCUGUGCAACAGCGGCCAGACGGUGUCGGAGAGCCAGAGCAGCAGCCGGCGGGGCAGCGUGGUGAGCGUGCAGGACACUGACCUGCUCUCCCCGGGGAUGGUGAACAGCAGCUAUGGCUCGGCCUCCCCGUCGCUGGAGGGCAGCCAGCACCUGAGCCGCAGCAACAUAGACAUCCCGCGCGCGGCCGGCCCCGACGACCCCAAACGGGCCCCGCCCCGGAAGCGCAGCGACUCCUCCACCUACGAGCUGGACACCAUCAAGCAGCACCAGGCCUUCCUGUCCAGCGGUAGCACCAUGCUGGAGGGGGGCGCGCUCGGGAAGCUGGAUUUCGAGGUGUCCGACUUCUUCCUGUUCGGCUCGCCGCUGGGCCUGGUCCUGGCGCUGAGGAAGACCGUGAUCCCCGUCCUGGACGCGUGCCAGCAGGUUAACCUUUCCACCCUGGCGACGGACCUCCGCCCGCCUGUGAGUCCCCCGCUGGGGAAGUUCCAUCUGCUGCCUCCCCUUCACUGCCCCGGGUUACCAGCGUCUCUGUCCUCCUGGGUCGAGCUGGGUACAGUCACCUGCUGGCCCCGCCCCCUUGCCCCUUUGCCCCGCCCCCCCUCUCCAGUGGAGACAGUCCAGAACAGCCCUCAGCUCCUGGCGGAGGCCGGGGCCCAGUACUCCACGCGCUGCUCGGAGGGCGUCAGUGAGACCUGCAUCCCCGUGCCCGUGCUGAACUGGCCGGCCCAGCCCGCCCCUCUGGAGUCAGACGUUGUUCAGUCUCAUGGGGGUGUGUUGGUGGACAGUUGGUGCCCCCCCUCCCCCGUUACGGCCCCCCGUUGCCGCGGGCUACGGAGAGCCAGUGAGGUCAGCAUUGGCAGCCAGGUCUCUGGAAUGGCAGACACUUAUACUGCCUCCAACAUAGUCAACAUUGCUGCCCGUUGGUGGGGCACUAAGCGCAUGGACUUUGCCCUGUACUGCCCCGAUGCUCUCACCGCCUUCCCCACCGUCGCCCUGCCCCACCUCUUCCACGCCUCCUACUGGGAGUCCACCGACGUGGUGUCCUUCCUGCUCCGACAGGUCAUGAGGCACGAGAACUCCAGCAUCCUGGAGCUGGAUGGUAAGGAGGUGUCGGAGUUCACCCCCUCCAAACCCCGGGAGAAGUGGCUGAGGAAGAGGACCCAUGUCAAGAUCAGGAACGUGACGGCCAAUCACAGGGUGAACGACGCGGUGUUCACGGAGGACGGGCAGCAGGUGGUGAACGGGCGCUUCAUGUACGGCCCGCUGGACAUGGUGACGCUCACCGGGGAGAAGGUGGACAUCCACAUAAUGACGCAGCCUCCAUCGGGGGAGUGGGUUUACUUCGACACAGAGCUGACCAAUAGCAGCGGCCGGAUUUCCUAUGUCAUCCCGGACAGCAAGCGGCUGGGCAUCGGGGUCUACCCUGUCAAAAUGGUGGUCAGGGGAGACCACACCUUUGCGGAUAGCUACCUGACGGUGUUGCCGCGGGGGGCGGAGUUUGUGGUGUUCAGUAUCGACGGCUCGUUCGCUGCCAGCGUGUCCAUCAUGGGGAGUGACCCGAAGGUUCGGGCGGGGGCGGUGGAUGUGGUCAGGCACUGGCAGGAUCUGGGCUACCUGAUCAUCUACGUGACGGGCCGGCCGGACAUGCAGAAGCAGCGGGUGGUGGCCUGGCUCUCGCAGCACAACUUCCCGCACGGCAUCGUGUCCUUCUGCGACGGGCUGGUGCACGACCCGCUGCGCCACAAGGCCAACUUCCUCAAGACCCUCAUCUGCGAGGCUCACAUGAAGGUGUUCGCUGGCUACGGGUCCACGAAAGACAUCUCUGUGUACUCCUCCAUCGGCCUGUCCCCCUCCCAUAUCUACAUCGUGGGACGUCCCACCAAGAAGAUGCAGCACCAGUGUCAGUUCAUCACUGACGGCUACGCGGCGCACCUGUCCCAGCUGGAGUACGGUCACCGCUCACGCCCCGCCAAAACGGGCGGCAGCCGCAUGGUCCUGCGCAAGGGCAGCUUCGGCCUGGGCACCAACAGCGACUUCCUGCGCAAGAGGAACCACCUGCUGCGCACCAUCUCCUCGCAGCCCACCCCCAGCUCGCCCACGGGGAGCCACGCCCCCGGCCACACCCACGGCCACGCCCGGCCCGAGCGCACGCAGAGCCAGUCGGAGAGCGAGCGCGAGCGGGUGGAGAGGGGACAGCGCAGCAUGAGCAUCGCGGCCAGCUGCUGGGGCCGCAGCGGCAGCACCAAGCUGGAGCACGGGGGCCUGGGGGGCAAGUAG